CGAGCGCAGUGCGCAUGCGCGCUGCCCGGCGCGGCGGCCGUGCGUGCACCGGCGGGGGUCGCGCACCUCCCGGAGCCAGCGGCCCGAUGGCCAAGCGGCGCGCGGAGCCCUUGGUGUGUCACGUGCCCGUCAAACGGCUCCUGCGCGAGCCGCCGCUGCCCCGCGCUGCCGCGCCCGAGCGGCGCCCCAGGGCCGAAGGGGCGGGCGCCGGCCCUGCCGCCCCGAAGCGGAAGCUGGAGGAGGCUGACGCGCCGCCGGGCAAGCGGCCCGGGCUGCGGGGGAGCAGCCCCCGCGGCGAGCAGGGAGACGCCGGGGGCAGGCGGUGGCGGCGCGGCGCGGCCGCGGCGCCCCAGGACGAGCGGACGGCGGAGGGACGCGCAGGUAGCCAGGGCAAAGAGCGUGCCGCCAUCGCUGAGCCAGAAGAAGAAUUCUGUCAGUAUAACUCAUUCCUGUAUUGGAGAACACCAUUGCCUGCUAUUGAUUUGUCUGAUAUUCAGAACCUAGAUGGAGAGACUCCAUCAGAAACUAAACCUCCUUCAAGGACUGAUACCAUGGAGACUGAAAUGGAGACCUGAUCAGUUGUUUCAUGGUUGUACAUCUACUCACAGAAAACUUGUUUCGAUUUGGAUUCUUUUUUUUUUUUUUUUUGCUUGGGAGAAAACUAAGCAUGCUUCUGCCUUCUUGAAGAAACAGCGUUAUGUCAGUUGCAAAAGCUGACAAAAAAUUGUCUGAGUGGAUGGGCUAAUCACUAUUGGGUACUGGAUAGUAAGCUGUCUGGAGGUGUAUUGGGGAGGCUAUGAUGUCUAGCAAGAAUGCUUGAAAACAUGGAGGCAGGGUAAAAGACUACAGAAAAUUAGGGUUUUGGAAUGCAGUUAAAUAGGUAUGUUACAUGUGAAGGGAAAUGGAAAAUCAUUUUGCCUGUCCUGAACAAAAAGAUGUAACUGUGGUACCCAAAAGUGAGAUAUUUAUCAUGUGAAAUAAAGCACACAAACUGUAGUGAUUAGAGAUUUUUAA